GUGUAGAUAGAACCGGCUGUAGCUCAUUUGAAUCGACACUUUGAAGAGAAGUACCGGGAGAGAAAGGCAGAGCUUGAUGGAGGAAAAAUUCGGAUUUGGGAGAUUUGGAGGGUCCUUCAAGGUAGACAGUGUGCAGGCUCUCGCUGCAAAUUUGGGGCCAGAAAUUCCAGAUAUAUAUGUCAGGCCGGAGAGGAAGGAAGAUAUAGUCGCCGGCGGCAAAGAAGACUCCGGCGAAAGCUUUCCAGUCAUUGAUUUUGGCAGGUUGUUUGAUUCCAAGUGCUCUGAGGAGGAAGCUGCAAAGCUCCACUCGGCCUGCCAAGGCUGGGGCUUCUUCCAGGGGCUACAGAUUAGAAGAAAAGGUAAAUGGCUCCCAGUUCAAGUUAUACCUGGAGCUUUUAUUGUCAACAUUGGCGACAUCAUUGAGUUGUUUCAGAUACUAUGCAACGGGAAAUAUAAGAGCAUUGUGCACAGGGCAGUCGUGAACAAUGAGAAGGAGCGACUGUCUGUUGCUGGAUUUCAUUCACUGAAUAUUGGUGAUUUAGUGGGACCAAUCGCGGAGAUAGUGAAAGGAGAUGAGUUGCUUUAUAAGAGCUUGCAAUUUGAAGAGUAUUUCAAGCAGGUCUUAGCUAGUAAACUGGAAGGGAAGACUAUAAUAGAUCACAUGAAAUUGGACAAAUGAUUUUCCUUCUAACUUAUGGAGAUAUGAUUUCAGAAAGGAACUUGUUGCCUCUUUGAGGGUGUUUAUUAUACUAUAAAUGGUAAUAAAUCUAUGCAAAAUAAACAUAUCAUAUUUAAUCACAUUUAUCUUUAUUUGGAUCUUAA